ACAGCAAUUUGAAAAACCUGGGGAAACUCUUGAAAAACCAACAGCCUUCACAGUCCACCGGAGCGCCCCUGCUGGUGCUGAGUGACGCAGCUGGCAGGCCUGGAGCUACAUCCAGAGCCUCUGGUGCCCUGAGGCAUCCCCAUGGCCUGCCUGAGCCCCUCGCAGUUCCAGAAGUUCCAGGAGGAGGGAUUCCUGGUGCUGGAGGGAUUCCUGUCUGUGGAUGAAUGUGAGGCUAUGAAACAGAGGAUUGGUGAGAUCGUGGCUGAGAUGGAUGUCCCUCUCCACUGCCGCACAGAGUUUUCCACCCAGGAAGAGGAGCAGCUUCAGGCUCAGGGCAGCACAGACUAUUUCUUAAGCAGUGGUGACAAGAUUCGUUUCUUCUUUGAGAAAGGUGUUUUUGACAAGAAAGGAAAUUUCUUGGUCCCUCCAGAGAAAUCGAUCAACAAAAUUGGUCAUGCUCUGCAUGCCCAUGACCCUGUCUUCAGGAGUGUCACACACUCCCCCAAAGUGCAGGCCUUGGCCAGAAGUCUGGGCCUCCAGAUGCCUGUGGUGGUGCAGAGCAUGUACAUCUUUAAGCAACCUCACUUUGGUGGUGAAGUCUCCCCUCACCAGGAUGCCUCCUUCCUGUACACGGAGCCCCUCGGCCGGGUGCUGGGCAUGUGGAUGGCGCUGGAGGAUGCCACGCUGGGGAACGGCUGCCUUUGGUUCAUCCCUGGCUCCCACACCAGUGGAGUGUCAAGAAGGAUGAUCCGGGCCCCUGCUGGCUCAGGGCCUGGGACCUGCUUCCUUGGGUCCGAGCCUGACUGGGAUAGCAGCCUCUUUGUGCCCACACCAGUGCAGAGAGGGGCACUGGUCUUGAUCCACGGAGAGGUAGUGCACAAGAGUGAGCAGAAUCUCUCAGACCACUCGCGCCAGGCCUACACUUUCCACCUCAUGGAAGCUGCUGGCACCGUCUGGAGCCCAGAGAACUGGCUCCAGCCGACAGCUGAGCUGCCGUUUCCUGCCCUGUACUCCUAAAGUCCUCAAAGGACUGGGGUCGUGGCCUCCCAGUGCAGCUGUGGAGUGCAAACCCCAGCACCCUGCCUCACUUCCUGGCUGCAGUGGGGGAGUUGUGUCCCCGGCACGGCUCUUCAGGGUAUGUGCAGACAGCUGCGGGAGGCGGAAGCAGCAGGGCAGUCACCCAGGCUGGGGAGGGCCUUACCCAAGAACCUGUCUCUCUGCACCUUACUGCCCCAACACAAUUUCCCUUUGAGGUGGCCUCUCAGCCAUGAAAGAGGUCUGGUCAAUUCUCAAGUCUUCUCUCAGGUGCAACUCUAACAAUUAUGGUGAAUGACACUGAAUAAAAAUGACUU